UAAAUAAAUUAUUCCUUUUUUUUAAUUUUCAAAACAUACUUAAAUUAUGCGACGAAUUGGAUUUUUCGGAUUUUGUGUAGUAUUAUCAUUAUGUGUGUUAUUAUUAUUGAUAACACAACAAAACAGCGAUUUAAAUCAACGUAUGGUACCCAGUCAAAGCGAAAAUAUCGAAGAAAUCGUACCGUUAAUAAAUUAUUCGUUAGAGUUUGUAUUAGAUGAAUCUAGGACGUUAAUUAGUCGUGAAAUGGGUGAUUAUAAGUAUAUGGCAGGUGAAUCGCUAGAUAGUUUAACACCAAUAACAAAUGGAAAUCCACGGAGGAAUUUAAUUAUUACUACAUGGCGAUCCGGUUCAACAUUUUUGGGUGAAAUAUUAAAUGCAGUACCUGGUACUUUAUAUCAUUAUGAACCAUUCUCUGAUUAUGAUAUUGUUCAAAUUCGUGGAUCACCAGAAGCAGAGAAUGCUGUUAAUCACUUAAAAAAAUUAUUAAAUUGUAAUUAUACGAACAUGGAUAGUUUUUUAGAGUUUAGUAAACAUAAUGUUUGGGUGUUUUAUCAUAAUACACGGUUGUGGGAUCAAUGUCAAAAAUAUCCACAUUUUUGUUUUGAACCAAAAUUUUUAAGUCAGUUUUGUAAACUUUUCCCAUUUCAAAUUAUGAAAGUGGUGCGCUUACGAUUACGUUUGGCUGAAGAGUUGUUGAAAGAGCCGACAGUACGAGUUUUAUUUUUAGUACGAGAUCCACGUGGCACUUUGCAAUCAAGAAAACAUCGGACAUGGUGUCCUGGACAACCUGAUUGUGAUCAGCCAUCAAUUUUAUGUUCUGAUUUAGUAUCAGAUUAUAGUGCUGCCAUACGCCUACAAAAAUUGUAUCCGGAUAGAUUUAGAGUAAUACGGUACGAAGAUCUAUCAUUGAAUCCAUUCGAACAAGUGCAAGAUUUAUUACAAUUCUUUCAAUUAGAUUUUGGUGAGACUGUACGAAAAUUUUUAGAUAAUCAUACAAAAUUCGAUAUGGGUGGUGUUUCAAGUACAUUUCGUAAUUCAAAAAGUGCACCAUUUCAUUGGCGCUCAGAUUUAGAAUUUAAUGAAGUACGAUUAAUUGAGGAUCAGUGUAGUGAAGCAAUGGAAUUAUGGGGCUAUGUGCGUGCACCAAAUGAAACAGAAUUAAAACUUUUUAAUCCUUUAACCGAUUAUAAAGUGGAACGUUAAACAAAUUCAACAUGUAUACAAACGGAUUUAUAAAUUUAUGUAUUGAGCAAAAAUUUAAAAAAAAUUGUGUGUUUGUGUGUAUUAUUCGAUUUUUUUGUGAUAUUUUUUAUAAUAGUUCUUUUGUA